UGUGAAAUGAACUCGGAACAAACAUUUCCUUGUCCUCUAGAGAGAGAGAGAGAGAGAGAGAGAGAGUGAGAAGAGCGAAAGAGAAAGAUGGCGAAGAGUUUAGCUCUAACAGCGAUCACGUUGCUGGUGUUAUGGCUGGCUAUGUCGGUUGGGACUUGGGCUGAGGAAAGUGAAUCAUGGACUGGAUGGCUUUCAAAGUCGCCCGGAUUCAGGCAUGACAAUGAAGUAAACCAAGCUAAUACUGCUUCUGGUCCAUCGGCGCAGGGGAGUUCUCAAAAUAUGGAUUUUUUGCUAGCGGUUCAACAAAAAUUACAGGUAGCUUUUCAGGCCAUUCAACAAGGAAAAAAAGAUGAAGGUCAAGAGAUGCUGAAAGUUAUUGUCACAAUUCUUAUGCGGGAAAAAUCUUUAACUAUAGAACAAAAAGAAGCUAAACUUACUGAGUUCGUGAAGAAUGCUGAGAAGUCACUCAAUCCAGAGACUCAAGUGAUUGCUGAACAAUUCCUUCUAGGAGCAAAAGUGGGACUAAAGAUUAAUCAACCACACCCAGGUGAUACUGCUUCCGAUCCAUCCACUCAGGGAAGUUCUCAAAGUACGGAUGUUUUGCUAGCGGUCCAAAAAAAAUUAGAAGCAGCUUUUCAGGCUAUUCAGCAAGGACAACAAGCUCAAGGUCAAGAGAUGCUUGUAGAUGUUACCGUUGCUCUUAAACAGGAAAAAUCUUUAACUGUCGAACAAAAAUCAGCUAAACUUACCGAGUUCGUGAAGAAUGCAGAGAAAUCACUCAAUAAAGAGACUCAAGAGAUUGCUGAACAAUUCCUUCUCGGCGCACAAGUGGGAUUCAAGAUUAAUCAGCAACACCAAGCUAAUACUGCUUCUAGUCCAUCCGCUCAGGGGAGUUCUCAAAAUAAAGAUUUUUUGCUAGCGGUUCAACAAAAAUUACAAGUAGCUUUUCAGGCCAUUCAACAAGGAAAAAAAGAUGAAGGACAAGAGAUGCUUAAAGUUAUUGUCACAAUUCUUAUGCGGGAAAAAUCUUUAACUAUCGAACAAAAAGAAGCUAAACUUACUGAGUUCGUGAAGAAUGCUGAGAAGUCACUCAAUCCAGAGACUCAAGUGAUUGCUGAACAAUUCCUUCUAGGAGCAAAAGUGGGACUAAAGAUUAAUCAACCACACCCAGGUGAUACUGCUUCCGGUCCAUCCGCUCAGGGAAGUUCUCAAAGUACGGAUGUUUUGCUAGCGGUCCAACAAAAAUUAGAAGCAGCUUUUCAGGCUAUUCAGCAAGGACAACAAGCUCAAGGUCAAGAGAUGCUUGUAGAUGCUACCGUUGCUCUUAAACAGGAAAAAUCUUUAACUGUCGAACAAAAAUCAGCUAAACUUACUGAGUUCGUGAAGAAUGCAGAGAAGUCACUCAAUAAAGAGACUCAAGAGAUUGCUGAACAAUUCCUUCUCGGCGCACAAGUGGGAUUCAAGAUUAAUCAGCAACACCAAGCUAAUACUGCUUCUAGUCCAUCCGCUCAGGGGAGUUCUCAAAAUACGGAUUUUUUGCUAGCGGUUCAACAAAAUUACAAGUAGCUUUUCAGGCCAUUCAACAAGGAAAAAAAGAUGAAGGACAAGAGAUGCUUAAAGUUAUUGUCACAAUUCUUAUGAGGGAAAAAUCUUUAACUAUCGAACAAAAAGAAGCUAAACUUACCGAGUUCGUGAAGAAUGCUGAGAAGUCACUCAAUCCAGAGACUCAAGUGAUUGCUGAACAAUUCCUUCUAGGAGCAAAAGUGGGACUAAAGAUUAAUCAGCCACACCAAGAUGAUACUACUUCCGAUCCAUCCGCUCCGCGAAGUUCUCAAAGUACAGAUGUUUUGCUAGCGGCCCAACAAAAAUUAGAAGCAGCUUUUCAGGCCAUUCAACAAGGACAACAAGCUCAAGGUCAAGAGAUGCUCGUAGAUGCUAUCGUUGGUCUAAAACAGGAAAAAUCUUUAACCGUCGAACAAAAAGCAGCUAAACUUACAGAGUUCGUGAAGAAUGCUGAGAAGUCACUCAAUAAAGAAACUCAAGAAAUUGCUGAAAAAUUUCUUGAAGGCGCACAAGUGGGAUUCAAGAUUAAUCAGCAACACAAACCCUGAUACUGCCACCACAGCAAAAUCGGUCUUUUGCAGCGCACAUUUUACGUGUGCCGUAAAAGACUGUCAUUUACGGCGCACAUCUCAUGUGUGCCGUCAGAAUGUCUUUAUUCGGGUCAUUCAUGGCGUGACAUGCUGUAAAUUAGUUAUCUAUUAAAGGCUUGCACAAUAUAUGUACCGUAAAUGAGUUAUUUAAAUAAUUUUUUACGACUUACUUUUCAAGCA